UAUGCACGAAUAUUUCUAGGUUAUCGAAGCCAAUUAUGUGGCUUGUUCUUGCAACAACUGACAGCACUUACAUCAUGAUGAUACUGAGCGUUUGGCUAGUUGCCAUUCAUAUAGCAAGUACGGCUUGUGCGGCCUCCCAUGUCGAAAACCCGAAUCAAGUAGAAGUUAUUCCGCCUGGCGUUGAUUCAAGCUUUGAAAAACAGAAAACAUUGAGAAAUGGACACCAUGACUAUGAUGAUGGCAAUUACGAAAAUUAUCACUGGUCACAUGUGCACGGUGGUUAUGUCCAGUCAAGUGGUCAUUCCAAUGGACACGAACAAACAGGCAUCGUCCACGCAGAUUAUAGCCAUAAUGGCUGCAUGCUAUGCCCAAAGACGAACGGCAUGUGUGUUCAUUUGAUUGGUGGACAAGAAUGCGACAUAUUCGUCAACAAGUGUUACCCUCACUUGAUGCAGAGAUGGGAACACUACGGAAAUGUCUAUUACCGUAUAGAUAUGGGUGCUACAGCGGCCAGGUCUGCCUGGGUAAAGAUAUCAACAGCAGAUUGGAGCUGUGGGGACUGUCUCCAAAGUAUAUCCACCUCGCCAUACAUUACCGGCAUUAUCCCGGGAUAUCUAGCCGUGCAACACGGAGGCGUAUGGGGUCACGUGUGUGCGGAGGACUGGACCACUCACAACAGUUAUGUCGUGUGCGGGAUGAUGGGACACUUUCACACGCAUCCCGCCCACCACCACCACGUAUACCACCAAGCCCACUGUCUGAUGAGCGGAAUCAACUGCAGGGGUCACGAGCACCAUUUGUCUCUAUGUCCGUUUGACGGGUUUUCAUCUGUUAAUUGUCCAAGCGGAAAGAUAAUUGCUGUGGAUUGUAACCCAGCGACGCCGGCCCCUAUCCGCGUACCUACUACCUACGUACCUACUACCCACGUACCUACUACCCCAACACACCCAACCACAACAGCAGCAGCAGCCACACCUGUGCCCACCACGCCCCCGAAAGAAAUGUUGAAGGUACGUCUAGUCAACGGACCUAGCGCCAUGGAGGGUCGGGUUGAGGUACUUCACAAUGGUGUUUGGGGGACGGUUUGUGACGAUAGCUGGGACGAUGAUGACGCGAAAGUCGUCUGCGGCAUGCUAGGAUAUAAUACCGCGACCGCUUUACAUGCGUCCAAGGCCAGGUACGGGAGUGGUACUGGUCCUAUUUGGUUGGACGAGACCCAGUGUGGAGGUCAAGAAACCAACCUUGGUCAGUGCUCAAUGGAACCUUACGGACGUGGGGACUGUGACCACACAGAGGACGCCGGUGUCAUAUGUCAACCAUUGACUACCACAUCACCCACAACUACCAGAGCACCUACAGAAAUGUUGAAGGUACGUCUAGUCGACGGAUCUAGCGCCAGGGAGGGUCGGGUUGAGGUACUUCACAAUGGUGUUUGGGGGACGGUUUGUGACGAUAGCUGGGACGAUACUGACGCGGAAGUCGUCUGCCGCAUGCUGGGAUAUCACACGACAAUCGCAGUACACACGUCCAAGGCCAGGUACGGGAGUGGUACUGGUCCUAUCUGGUUGGACGAGACCCAGUGUGGAGGUCAAGAAACCAACCUUGGUCAGUGCUCAAUGGAACCUUACGGACGUGGGGACUGUGACCACACAGAGGACGCCGGUGUCAUGUGUCAGCAAGCUUUGACUACGUCAUCACAACCCAAUGUUACAACGACACCAAUAAGGGGAUCGUGGAUAAGCUUUGGUUGACGAGAUACCGGCAAUCCGUCAGUAUGACACUACACCUCAAUGAAAUACAUACUUUUAAUUGUUUCUUUCAGUGGGUAUCAAUAAUAAAUUAU